AUGAGGAAUGAAGAAUGUCAGGUACUUGGGCUCAUCUGUUGUCAAAGGUCGUUGCAAGAGGUGGCUCCCCUGAGCUACGCCUUCAUCGGGGAUUACUUCCUCAAGCAGUACCUUGAGCGGUUCGCAGAGGCGCUCAACCUCGCGGCCUCGCUGCAUUCACAGACGGGCUUCUAUCAGGAUGCCUCGGCUGCUUCUUCUGCCUCCGCGCUCCCCCUUAUUCAGACGUCACGGCCAGAUCAGGGCAAGAAGCACUUCACGCUCGUCAGGGCCCUCAACGUGGGAUACACGGCCAUCAUGCUCUUCGCCAGGCACCCGGAGCGGCUGGCCAACAUCCAAGAGGCCGAGGUGGGCUUCGGCGCCGCCGAGAUGGGCAACAAGGGGGCCGUCGGCCUGAGGGCCCUGUACGAGGCGGGCGACAGGCAGUCGACGGAGCUGACGUUUGUGGCGACGCACCUGGCGGCCAUGGAGUGGAACCUGCCGCGGAGGAACGCCAACUGGGGAGCCAUUAUGCGCGGCCUGACGUUUGAGAACCCGGAGGAGGUGCUGAGUCGCAUGAGGAGGGACGCCGCGUCGAGGGGCCAGAGCCAGAGCCGGUCAUCGUCGUCGUCCGAAGAUGGAGAUGCCUCCGAGCAGGCGCGCCUGCUGCGGGAGGAGGAGCACCACGAGCAGGAUCUUCGGCUGCAGCAGCAGUUCCACGACCUGUCCGUCUUCAAGCCGUCGUCUCACCUGUUCGUCGCCGGAGACCUCAACUACCGCAUCUCGACCACCUCCCCGACGCCCUACUCGGCGUUUCCCAAUAUGGACCCGGGAUCUGAGAACUACUAUACGAACUUUUUGCACCUGGAUCAGCUGACCCGCGAGCGACUGGCCGGCCGGACCCUCCACGGCCUGUCGGAGUGCCCCGUGACGUUCCCGCCGACGUACAAGUACGUCGUGGACAAUACGACGCCUCCUCCGGCCGACGGCGACGACGAGGUCAAGUGGGUGUUCGCCCCGCACCGGUACCCCGGCUGGACGGACCGCAUCCUCUUCCUGGAGGUGCCGCCGUGGGUCGACGCCAAGAUGAGGGUCCGCGCCUACGACGCCUUGCCCGUGAUGCGGACGAGCGACCACCGGCCCGUGUUUUUGCGCGUGGACGUGCCUCUGGUCUCGCCCGCCGACCUCGCGCCCCCGGCCGCCGUCCGGGAGUCUGUCUCGGCCUCGCCAGGGGGUAGUAGUAGUAGCGGCAGCAGCGUCGUCGACCCGCGCGUGCGGCUGCCGGUGGAGAUUGACCCGGAGGCCUGGGAGCGCCGCUUGGCUGCCCGGAGGCGCGAGAUCCUCGCCGGGUGGACCAUGUUCCUCGGGAGCACGAGGCAGGGGGCGUUGAUUCUGGGGACGCUGCUGGCGGCGACGGCGGGGGGGUACUGGCUUUUCCGGUCUUCUUCUUAG